AUGAAACGCUCUAUGACAUCCUCUACUGUGGAAAUUAGGAAUGUUCCAUUAAAAGACGAUAAAUUUAAUAAGGCACAAUUAUCUGACAUCGUUUUAAAUACUUGCAAAGCCAUUAAAGUAGACAUACAGAAAAAUGAGAUAAAUGAUGUUUUUGUCCUAAAAAGUAAGGCGGAACACAAAACAAUAAUAACUGAGUUCAAGAGCAAAAACACUAAGCAAGAAAUAAUAAAAAAAUUUAAAACGUACAACAAAAAUAAUCCAAAUAACAAACUCAACACUACGUCUAUAGGAUUAGACAAUUAUUCCAAGCCAAUAUACGUGUCUGAAGCUCUCACUCCUAAAGGACGAAGACUCUUUUUCCUAGCUCUUGAUAUUGCGAAAAUAGCCAAUUUCAAGUAUUGUUGGACAAUAAAUGGAAGGAUUUAUAUUAGGAAGACCGAUGAAACCCAAUAUAUAGAAGUGAAGGGUGAAGCUCAACUUAACAAUUUGAAAACCCAAAAAUGA